AUGCCGCCAUGGAGUUUCUAUACACAAGUUUCGACGGAGAUGGACGCAGUUAGUGCAACACCAUGGGUCACAAGUCUAUCAAGCUGUGUUCGAGGUUUUUUGUUUCUGGAGACUUCUCGACACAACACUGAGGCUGUUUUGUGUGGAAACAUUGAGAUACAAACCACAACAUGCCAGGCCAACACAGCACUGCACUGCUACCUUCGACAGUGA